AUGAUCUCCACCACGACUGUCCAAGCCCGCUCGCAGGCCUCCCGGCACGCUGUCAAGCUCGCCCGGGCCGCCGCUCUGGGGAGCACCUCGGUGUCCUCGCAGUACACACUGGGCCUGCGCCUCGGCGCCUGCUGCUGCGGCUCUCAAGCCCAUCGCGUCGCGUCAGGACCCUCGUCCCCUUCUUCGUCGCGGCAGUUCACGACGACUCGCGCGGCGCAGCUCCGCGAUUUCUUCCCCUCAAAGGAUACCCCUCACAUCCUCAAGACCAAGGCCGCCUGGCCUCACCAUGGCUACACCAUGGAGGAGAUGACGUCGGUCGUCCCGGACCACCGCGCGCCGCGCAACUUUAGCGACUGGGCCGCCUGGAAGAUUGUCCGCUUCGCCCGCUUCUGGAUGGACAAGGCCACGGGCAUGGACCGCGAGCAGCAGGUCGACAAGAAGAACCCGACCACGGCCGUCGAGGCCCAGCAGCCGCUGACGGAAGCGCAAUGGCUUAUCCGCUUCGUCUUCCUCGAGAGCAUCGCCGGCGUGCCCGGAAUGGUUGGGGGCAUGCUCCGGCACCUCAACAGCCUGCGCCGCAUGAAGCGCGACCAAGGCUGGAUCGAGACGCUCCUUGAGGAGAGCUACAACGAGCGCAUGCACCUCCUGACGUUUAUGAAGAUGUGCGAACCCGGCCGCUUCAUGAAGCUCAUGAUCAUCGGCGCGCAGGGCGUCUUUUUCAACAGCCUCUUCAUCGCCUACCUCCUGAGCCCGCGUGUCGUCCACCGAUUCGUCGGCUACCUCGAAGAGGAGGCCGUCCACACGUACACGAGGGCGCUCCACGAGAUCGACGAGGGUCACUUGCCCAAGUGGUCCGACCCCGAGUUCCGCAUCCCGGACAUUGCUGUAGAUUACUGGAACAUGCCCGAAGGCAACCGCACCAUGAAGGACCUCAUCCUGUACAUCCGCGCCGAUGAGGCCGGCCAUCGCGGCGUCAACCACACCCUGGGCAACCUCAACCAAAAGGAAGACCCGAACCCCUUUGUCAGCACGUUCAAGGAUCGCGAGGUGCCCAAGCCGAGCCAGAAGCCGGCCGGCUACGAGCGCUCCGACGUCAUCUGA